CGCUGCCGCCGCCGGCCUCCAGGCGGGAUUGAGGAGGAGCUCUAAAAAGACGAAGAAAGAUCUUCUCAUUUCCAGAGUAACUGGAGACUGCACUUUUGCCUGCAUCUUAUUCCGCCUUUCCCCAAGUGAAAUAAACUAUACAGUUUUGCCUGUAUAACUGCUUCUCCAGUAGAAAACCAGAAGUGGAAGAAAAUGAAGUAUUUUUGUGUUCAUGCUUUGCAUAUACCAAAACUGAAACAAAUUUUAGAAUCCAAGAAGAUUUGAAAAACGUGCAAGUAUGAGUAUUCUUCUAAUUGAAGCUUUUUAUGGUGGUUCCCACAAGCAGCUGGCAGAUCUUCUACAGGAGGAGAUAGAAGAAUGUGUCCUUUACACACUCCCAGCAAAGAAAUGGCACUGGAGAGCACGGACUGCUGCCCUUUAUUUCAUGCAAACAGUGCCAGCUAAUGCUAAUUACAGGAUCCUCUUUGCAAGCUCAGUGCUUAACCUGACUGAACUUAUUGCCCUUCGGCCUGACCUUGGCAAAUUGAAAAAGGUCCUUUACUUCCAUGAGAACCAGUUGGCAUAUCCUGUACAGAAGUGCCAGGAAAGAGAUUUCCAAUAUGGAUACAACCAGAUUCUUUCAUGUUUGGUUGCUGAUAUUGUGGUGUUCAACUCUGCUUUCAAUAUGGAAUCAUUUCUUACAUCUAUUGGAAAAUUUCUGAAGCUGAUUCCUGACCACAGGCCUAAGGAUCUGGAAAAAAUAAUCAGACCAAAGUGCCAAGUUCUUCACUUUCCAAUCAGGUUUCCUGAUGUGAGCAGAUUCAUGCCGGAGCACAAACUGGCCCAUUUGGAGAAGAUAACUGGUUUUAGAGGAAAUGAAGAUACUUAUCUAUUUAGGUGUCUGCCUUUCCAACAGAAGUAUAGAGCCACUGGGAGUUUAAUGAAAACCAGCAGCUCAAGUCCUGAGUCUGGACUUUGUGAAGCACAGUCUGGACUUUGUACCACACAACAAGAAAGACUACAAUACCCAUUAACAUCACUAGAGAAACUGAACAAGUCUAAAGCAUCAGAAAGUACAAAUCAAGAAGUGCCUUGUCAAGAAGAUAAGCAACAUGUGACUUUUAACCCUUGUAAUCUCUUGAGUGGAACGGACUAUCAGCAAAGACCUUUGCACAUUGUCUGGCCUCACAGGUGGGAACAUGAUAAAGACCCUGAGAGUUUCUUUAAAGUAUUGCUGAAACUUAAAGAGAUGGACCUACCUUUUCAUAUGUCUGUCCUUGGAGAGACCUUCACUGAUGUACCAGAUAUAUUUUCAGAGGCCAAAAAGGCAUUGGAAUCUUCUGUCUUGCACUGGGGCUACUUACCUAGCAAAGAUGACUAUUUCCAAGCUCUGUGCAUGGCUGAUGUUGUGAUCUCAACAGCUAAACAUGAAUUCUUUGGAGUGGCAAUGAUAGAAGCUGUAUAUUGUGGUUGUUAUCCACUAUGUCCUAACGCUUUGGUGUAUCCAGAAAUAUUUCCAGCUGAAUAUCUGUAUUCUACACCUGAACAGCUUUUAAAAAGGCUUCAAAAUUUCUGCAAGAGACCAGAUAUUGUAAGGAAACAUCUCUAUAAGGGUGAGAUGGAUCAGUUUUCUUGGGCAGCACUACGUGGUAAAUUCAGGUCUCUGCUCACAACAGAACCUAGGGAAGAUUUGUGA